UUGUCAUGAGAAUGCAACAUCUCGGAAAAAAUAAUCCAGGAUGGAUUAAGCGCAGUGUUUUACUGACAAGUAGAGAGAGAGAGAGAAAGUAAAAGAGAGAAAAAACAUUGUUCUCGUGAAGCACGCGGCUAUUCUUUUGUCGUGACAUUGCUAUCAUUUACGAAUAUCGCUACUUGUAUACUUAUUUCUACGUCUAGAGAGAGAGUUGCUCGCUGAUUAACAGCGACUCCACUAUAAAUACAUCAACAACCACACACUACAAGCAAUAAUGGAUUGUGCCACUAUUAUCUUCCACUAUUACACAUGCACACUAGUUUUGUUUAAAGACACCCGGCGCAAUAUUGUUCCCGCGCGGAGCGGCGGCGGUGUAUCGGCACAGCGGCCAUUUUGAUAAUCUCCUACUCCCUCUUUCUUGCCCUCUCUCCUCUCCCUCCUCUUUUGCCCUCCCUCACAUCCCGUAUCAUCUAUCCGUCUAUCUCGUUCGUGUGCCCGUGCUGUGGACCUCUCUGCAUCAUCCUCCUCUCUCUCCUCUCUCUCUCGCAAUUCUCCCCCCACCAACUACUCACCCACUCGUCGACGACGACGCGCGUGUUUUUUCCUUGUGCGCCUUGACGCGCGAAUCUCGCGAGCUUUUGCGGCAAAGACGUGCAAAGUGUCGCAUCGUAUCGUGUUGCACCGAAAACAAUCAUCUUUAUUUUUUAAUGUAUUUUUCGCUGCGGUCUUUUCGAUAACAAUUCCUCUUUGGUGAAAAAAAUAAAUCGUGUGCGCAAAAGUGUGACAGUGAUUGUUUUUUAAUUUGUGAAUACAGUGUUGUAAUUAAGCGUUUCAGGAGGAGCGCGCGUCUGGAUUAGCCGCUCUCUCCAAACGCAACUACGUCAGUGUCACGUGUAUUCUUCGAUUUUUUUUUUCCUUUUGUUCGUCGAUUCUUUAUUAUAUUCCGAAUUUUAUAAUAAUUUGUUCGUUGAUUUAAUAAAAUAUUUAAUAAAUAUCUCGUUCGUUUAAUAUUUGUGAAGAAAAUAUAGAUUCGGUGAUAAAUAUUGCGAAGAUUUAAUAUAAUUAGUUUGGUGAUUAAUAUUGCGAAGAUGUAAUAAUUCGUUGAUUAGUAUUACGAAAAUAAUUUGUUCGUUGAUCAGUUAUUUUAUAUUGUGAAUAUUUACCAAAAAAGGGCAAAAUUGUGUUGUGUGAAAAGAAAUGAAGGUGUUUAAUUCCCCAUUGAAAUACGACAUUAGUGUCGGGAAAUCAAUAAGUUUCCGAAACAAUGAUACACCAGUAAUUGUGAUCAUCAAUUUCAUACAAAUUUUGUCCGUUUAUUCGUAAAAAAUUCUUUGUGUGGAAAGGGACCGGCUCCGUGAGCGGGAACGACAAGCCCGCGCGGCGAUGUCGGUCCAGGCGGAGCAGGCAGCAGCUGGAGGUGCUCCUGAUGCACGGCACGGUCAUCAUCACGGUCAUCACAAUCAUGGUCAUCAUGCUGAUUCGCACGCAGCUACUGCUUCUCUCUUCCGUGCUCCUGUCAAGGUGAACCCCGAUGCACAAGACCGAACGACACAGCAGAUUCAGUCGAAGUUGGGCAACUAUUCGGUGGUGAGACACCUGCUCGAGGAUCCAAAGAGGCUGAUAGGAAUCGAUGGUGUGCCAGCGAGUCCAGCACCGGCUCAUCAAUCGAGGCUCGCCAGCGGCUCUGGUUCGAGUUCAAGGAGCUCGCCAUCGUCACAGGAGUUCAAGAAACCUGGUGGGCCCAGGUCAAGUUCCAACUCCUCGAAUUCAUCAUCGAGUCACGCAUCAGCGCAACGCGGCGGUUUUGUUAAGCCCGCCGAUGGGAAGCCACCCUACGGUGGCCGUGGCGGCUAUCCUGGACAGCCAGUCAAGCACGGCGGCAAUAGCAAUGAUCAUCGUAGUCACGGCUUACUUCCGGCAAAGGGUCCUCCGCCUCCUUCCAAUUCAUCGGGAAGCGGUAAUUCGAAUGCUGGCAGUAGUCUCGCUAAUAGUGGUAGUGGCAGCAGUAACAGCAAUAGCAGUAACAAUAACAACAACAACAGCAAUAGUAGUAGCAGCAGCAGUAAUCGACUACACAACGCUGGUAGCCGUCUGCCGAGAAUGAACCUCGACAAUGGCAUCAAUUCCAGGCAGGCUCUCGAGGAAAAUACACCAGAUGUUGAGGACAUUUUAAAGGAAAUGACGUCAGCUGUAACACCAUUGACAGCCAUACCUCAAACACCGCGAAAGGAAGUGGAGUCGAAAUUCACAUUCAAUCCUGUUUUGGCGAAGUUGACCGAAGUGCCGCCGAUUGAAACAACAAAGCCUCAACGUGAGAGACACGCUACCAGCAGACUUUCCGCGUAAGUACCACAUUUGCAUCCAAAAUAAUUAACUACUGAAAUUGAAUUUAAUAAUUA